AUGCGCAACCCUCCCAAGAACUCACCCUCCUCUCCACAACGACCACCGCAGAAAUCCCCCCAAACACCGAAACCGUUACCAUACAGACCGCAACCGUACCGUCCGUCGGAAUCUGCACCGGCACCAAGCCCAUCGGCCGCUCCACCCACCUCAAGUACCCCACCGCGCGUCGUGCUGCCCAGGUCCCGCCGAAUCCCCCUGUAUCUAGCUUUGGGCACCGCCGUCUUCGGCGGCUUCUACAUUUACAGCUUCGUCAACUCUCUAAGAGCCCCCCAAACCAAGCUAGAUGUCCCCGCCGACGUCACAGACCGCUAUGACGCGCAAGCCAGCUUCUUCGACGCCGAGGUCAACUGGACGGAGUGGUACACGGGCAUCAAGAAGCUGCGGAGGAAGUUGAUGCAGAAAGCGCACGGGGACGUGUUGGAGGUCAGCGCAGGGACAGGGCGGAACGUCGACUUCUUCCCGCUCGAGAAGUGCAGAAGUGUGACGCUGCUGGAUCUCAGCGGGCCGAUGCUGGAGAUUGCGCGGAAGAAGUGGAUGGAGAAACAUCCGGCGUACAAGAAUGUGAGGUUCUUGCAACAGAGUGCCUUGGAACCUGUCACGUCGCCUGGAGGAGUCGAAUUCGAUACAGUCAUCCAGACAUUCGGGCUGUGCUCUACGCCUGAGCCGGAGAAGCUGUUGAGGAAUCUCGAGAAGGUUGUCAAGGAGGAUGGGCAGAUAUUGUUGCUCGAACACGGAAGGAGCCACUACAAAUGGCUGGAUAGGCUGCUGGACAACUCAGCACCGUUGCAUGCGGACAAGUGGGGAUGCUGGUGGAACAAGGACAUUGCUGCUAUUAUAGGGGCUAGCGAGCUUCAGGUUGUAAAAAUCAAGAGGCGCCAUCUUGGGACAACGUGGUGGAUUGAGCUGAAGCCCCGCAAAGGAGGAGGCAGGGUGGAGGAGGCGGAAGAGGACACGGCUGACGAGCAGCGGCCGAAGCUGGAGCAGCGGAGCGUAGCGGAGCAGCAGGUCGCCAGGAAGUCGGAGAAGAAGUAG